AAAAAAAAAAAAAAAAAAACUCAGCUCAGCCUCCGCCUCAUAGCCAGAGUUCAACGUUAACUUCAAUGGCUUCUCUUCCCUACGCCAAUGUCGAUUGCAGCUUGAGGGCCUUGGCCGGACGGGCUGAGGGUUUCAGCCGUUUCUUUAUCGGUGGCCUUGAUGGACCACUCCCCUGUUUUGCUUGUCAAUAGAGAUUUUUAUACAAGGGUCUAUGGAUUGGCUAAUUUAACCAUCUGGCCACUACAAUUAGCGAUUUUAUAUGAUGAAAUUGCUGUGGAAGCAUCGUCUAUCUGCUUCAUGUGCAUUUAUAUGCAAAAUAUAGAGAUUAAAAUUUAGGUCAUUAAAUCAAUCUUUCCAGGUUGGCCUCCGUUCGUUCAGAAUCAAGAAAUUUAGAGUUUCUUUUUAAUGAAAUUGUUAAGAAGUUGUGAGUUUUUCUUUUUUUUUGUAUAAAAAUGUAAAAUUCGUAUUUUUGGGGGUGUUGUUCUGUUGGAUUGGAUUUGAGAUUUCUGGUUUAGGUUAAUUGAAGAGUAGAUGGGAAGGUGAGGAAGAAGUUGAUUAUGAGAGCGAUCCAGAGGAGGCGAUGCUGACCUUGGCAAUGCGGAGGAGGGAAGCGAGUGAUGAUGAGGAAGGAGAUGGAGAGGAGAGAGAGAAGCCGCUGAGGAAGGAUCUAAGGCCUGGGACCGGUUUGGAGGGUGAAUCGGAGGGUGAAGGUGGAGCAUCUGUGUAUGAUGAUGAAGAAUCUAAGGUAGAAGCAGAAGAGGAGGAGGAGGAGGAGGAAGUGGGAGAGCAAGAAGAAGAAGAAGAAGAAGUCGAAGAAACAGAUGAGGGAGAAGGGGAAUUUGAGGGGAGAGGUGAUGUCGAUGCAGGUGAUUUCGUGGUUCAGGUCGCAGCGCCGGGUUCUGUUGGAGUUUCAAAAUGACGACUAGAAUCAGGUGGAAGAUGAGUAGAAGGAGAACGAGCCAUUCGCUGUGCCGACUCCCUUCCUUGGUUAGGGUCCUGGUUUAGGGCGGUUUAGGGCUGGUUUAGGUGUAGGGUUUCACGGAAGGGAUGUGGGUGUUUAGGUAUAAAACAACCUAAAUCUUUCAAGAUUAAGUUGAUUUUUUCUUAAAGGGUAAUAUUGUGUUUACGGAUUUAAAACCAAUAGCAUACUAACACCGUCAUAGCCAGGAGAACGGGUGUAAUUCCUUCAAACCCUUGGAUCCUGGUUAUCCUUUUCCCUCGUGAAUUCUUAAGCAUGUGGGUCCCAUUUGAUGACAUUUUUCUAACCCACAGCGAUGAGCGAUGAGCGAUGAGCGAUGAGCGAUGGCCAUUGGUGCUGCAUGAGAGAUUUUCCACAAUAGUGACGAAAUCCUCUCCGAUAUUAAAUGGAAUUGAUGUGUUGAUUCGGUCGUCGUCGCCGCCGAAUUGGUGAGGUUUAUCAUCUGAAGUGUGGUGAGAUUUGUGUUCUGCUACUUUCUUACUUUCACCUCUUAGCUGCAGCACACAAGGAGCUUCCUCUUUGAAGAAAUGCUCUGAUACGACAAGGUUCAAUCAAAAGGCUCGAAUCUGUGAAAUGUUGAAAAGUUUGGGGAGUAGAGCAGAAUGAGUUUGCAUAACUGAAUUGAGUGAAACAAGUCAAGGUCACACUGUCAAACGAUGUCUCAACCAUCUAAGUUCUAUCUGGUUGCUUACAAUUCUUUUUUUUCCCACCCUCUUGAUGAAAGGUUUGCUGCAAAUUGUUUCAUUCCUGGAAGUGCUACAUGGGGCCAUUGGCCUUGUUCGGAGUGGGGUGCUGCUUCCGCUGAUGCAAUGGUCUGGGAGAACACAAUUCUUAAUUUUAAUUGUUCGUCAAAUCGUGAAGGUUCAGGGGCUGCUCUCAGUUUUUAUAACUUUUGUGGCUUGGAGUCUAAGUGAGGUAAUCAGAUACUCGCAUUAUGCUUUGAGUGAUCUUGGGAUUUGUCCACCGUGGCUCACCUAUCUCAGGUACACUGCGUUCAUUGUUUUAUAUCCCAUCGGUGUAGCUGCUGGAGAAAUGUGGCUUAUGUAUGAAGCUCUUCCAUUUAUAAAGGAGAAAAACCUCUACGCAGAUUUCUUUGGUGGACUGCCCUUCAGCUUUGAUUCUUCUGUCAAGGUUCUGCUUGUAUGCUACCCUUUUAUGUGGUUGAAGCUUUACGUGCACUUGUUUAAGCAACGGAGACUGAAGCUGCACAAGCUCUAUGAGAAGAAGAAAGCUUGAAGGUUCUCCAAGAUUGGUUCCAUAUGACAUUGGGCGGAGUUUGUUUCCAAUGUAAAUUGAAUCAGAUACUUCAAUAUGCUGUUUCAUAGCUAUAUCUGGUUAACAAAAACUACUAAUGCUAUACAAAAUAUUGUACAGGAUUGGUGGUUGUGAUACUAUAUUGGAUUUCCAAACCAAAAUAUUUUUUAGGUAGUCCAAAGUUCUAGAGUUA